GCAAGGUCCGGCCCGGCGCUGUCGGGAGGAGCGAGCCCGGCGGCGGAGAAUCAUGGCGGGUUCGGCGAUCACCGCGAAGUUGUACUCGGCGCUGUUCCGCAGGACCUCCACCUUCGCCCUCACCAUCGCCGUGGGCGCCCUGUUCUUCGAACGCGCCUUCGAUCAAGGCGCGGACGCGAUCUACGAGCAGAUCAACCAGGGGAAACUGUGGAAACACAUCAAGCACAAGUAUGAGAACUAGGGUCUCCUCAGAGGUCUCCAUCCACACGGAGCAGAAGGACCAGGCCCACCCACCAGCUGUUUGCUCAGAGCCAGAGACUCAGCUUGAAGAUGCUGCUUGAGUUAACUCCUCACGGACCACCUUUUAACUGUUGGCAAGAAAUGGCUUCACCUGACAGACUCUUGAACUUCUGCUAGUGUUUGAAAUCUGUGUAGUCAUUGACCAAUAAAUGUAAUUUCUAACCUGA